GAUCAUUAAAAUGAACCAACCCAGAUUGCAGACACAAUCGUUCAAUAUGGGGAUGGGGGUGAGGCCCAUAUAUCUCAAAGCUGGUAUCCCUUUAGCUCUUUCUUUUGCUGGUUUCGUUUAUGGGAUCCUCAGAAAAAGAAGAAGACUGUUUCCUAGAGUUUCCUCAGAAGAAACUGAAGAGAGUUCGUCUGAAACUGAUAAUUCCUUGGGGGAGCUUCGACAUGGAGAGAACCUUCAUAACCUCAACUUGACGCCUUUAGCUUGUAGAGAAGAAGAGGAGCUCGACCCAGAUACUGAGGUCAUUGAAUCAAUUGAAAGCUCUGUAAUUGGAGAUGGGCCUGAUUUUGAAGACGAAUUUUCACGCCUAAGGAACUGGGUCGUUGCCAUUCAGGAUAGGGAACGAGAGUUAGAGAAGGAAUUUCUCUGUUAUUGUAGGUUGAGAGACCAAGAAGUGAUUCUGCUGCAGCUCCGGAACAUGUUGAUGCUGGAGAUUGUUCAUGUUAAAUUCUUGGGUUUGCUGGCUGGGUCGAUGGAGGCUGAGAGUCGGAGACUUGAAGCUCUGCUAGUUGAAUACCUGAAAGCCAUAGAGCAGCUCGGUUCUGCAAGGUUGGAGAAUCGGUUGCUUAGAAGGAAGGUAAGGAAGCUUUCGAGAAUAUGUGGCAGGCGAUAUCAUGCUCUUAGACGGCAGGCUGUGGCUUUGCGAGCUAAAGAGGCUGAGCUUUUGGAAAAUCAUGAAGCAUUGGAACAGAGGGAUCACAUACUUCAGGGAUUAGUGAAUGAAAACAUGGAGCUAAAGAAAACUGUGGAUCAAUUGCAGGAAGAGAAGAAAGGACUGAUGGAGAAGCUAGAAUCAGCAGAAACUUCAGCUUCAUCAAUCUCCAAGACUGAUGCAGAAGAGACAGAGAAAGGGGAUGCUGAUCAAUUGUUGACAGAACUGGAACAGCUGAGAAAGGAACAUGCUGCAGAUACAGAGGAGCUGAUUUACUUACAGUGGAUCAAUGCAUGCUUAAGGCACGAGUUAUUGAAGAUUCAAGAACAACAAUGUCCUCGUCAUGAAAGGAGCAGGGAGCAGCAGCUGCUGGAAUUUGAAGAGAAUGAGGAAAAGAGGGAUAGUGUCCUAGAGCAUGACUCAAACCCUCCAUCAACAGUUUCAGAAAACCAUCAUUCUUGCAUGGACAUCGAAACUGUCUCACCUAAUUGUUCUAAAAAGCAUAGGUUGCUUCACAGGCUGAAGAGAUGGGUGGAAGGGAGUGAGAAAUGCAGAACAUCAAGGGAUGAGAAGGACAAGCAUCAAAGUAGGUGUCUAGGAAGGUUGUCUGUUUCAGAUGAAGCAAUGGAACCAUAUCACACUGAAAGGAAGUCAUGUUCAAGUGUAUAAUUGAUAAAACUACAAAGGUCUUAUUGGGUUUUUAUGUUUCAUUAUUUCUUCA